UUAGACGUGUACUGUGUUCACUGCACACUGAGUAAAUAUUCUUCACUUCAAUUCAAACACAAGCACCAAAAUCCGCUCAAAGUACAAAUUCACAAACACACACAACAGCAGCAGACGGAGAGAUAUUAUUCCUCAGACAGGAGGUCCAGUCUGUCAUCAUGAGGGUUUCUACAUCAGAGAGCAGCUCUGUUUCCAUGACGAACGAAUAUACUGACGAAUAUGACAAUCAAGAUACCAGUGACGACACACAGUUCUGGCGGAAAGAGUCUCUUCACAGGUUUGCUGUAGUUCCCUCUAUUGGUCGCUCGCGGUGGAGUUUGUGUGCUGUGAUCAGUGUCACUACAGUAAUCCUGAUGAUACUCAUAAUUACUGUAUCUGUCAGCCAUGUAAAGUUCGAGAGAAAGUUCUCAGCUACAGAGAUGACUGUGAAGAAUUUGAAUCAAACUCUACAGAGCAUCAUAUUCAGAUCACACAACCUGGAGGAAAAUGGGCAUAAAUUGAAGUCAGACAUCAGUAAUCUGGAGUUUGACCUUGAAACAGUGCAAACAAAAAUGGAUGACAUGUCAGAUUCAACACAGAUUCUCAGUGACAAAAUCUCAGAACUCAAAUGCCUCAUCAACAAGAUCAGCAGCAAAAACAACACAGAGGAUCAGUGCUGUCCUGUAGGCUGGUUUCUCUUCUCCUCACACUGUUAUUUCUUCUCUAAAAAUGGGAUGUCGUGGAACUCAGCGAGAGACGAGUGUGAAAAUAAAAAAUCACAGUUACUCAUUGUGAAAAACAGGCAGGAGAAGGAGUUUGUGGUGAGUAAGACGAGUCCUCUUUAUUUCUGGUUGGGUUUGACUGACGGUCGCACCGGUGAGUGGGAGUGGCUCGAUGGAACGCCAUACGUGAUGGUGAAUAGAGAGUGGAUGCCCGGUCAACCUGAUAACUGGGAGGCUCAUGGUUUGGGUGGAGGUGAAGACUGCGCUCAUUUCCAUCGUGACGGUCGUUAUAACGAUGAUCACUGCUCGCGCCACUACCGCUUUGUCUGCAAAGCACAAGCAACAUCCAUUUGACCAGCUGAUAAUAAACACACUUCAUCACGAA